AAAAGACAAACAUAUACGUAUCUCAUGGUAUUUCAAAUGCAUUACAUUGUAGAGAACUUAACAUUAUAGAUUGAUAUGAAUGUCUAAAAAUAGCUAAUGCUCGUUCAUGGGAUGCGAUUACGUAAAUUAAAUAAUAAUUCAAUGUGCAAUUCAAACGCUAUGUCAACAUGUCUUUUCAUCGAAUACUAUAGAUACUAAUCUAGCCAUUAUGUGAUUUCUGUCUAUUUGUAGUGCAAACAAAAUUGCGAAUAUAUUUUAUACUUGCAAUCAGUACUUGUUCAUUUGUCAGAUUAGAACAAUUCCAAAAUGAGUCUACCUAAAACGUUCGUCAAAGGGUUUCACGAUGAAAGUGAUGUUAAGAAGAUGAAAUACCUCACUUUAGGAAAUACUGGUCUAACAGUAUCUCAAUUGUCAUUGGGAACAGCUACUUUUUCUUAUUUCUAUGGGGACUACAAUGAGGAAGAGUGCCGAAAAAUGGUUAAUGAAGCAAUAAAGAGGGGGAUCAAUUAUAUUGACACAGCUCCAUUUUAUGGUCAUUGAACAUCAGAGGAAAUCUUGGGAAUGUGCUUGGAAGAAAUUCCAAGGAAAGCCUACUACCUGGCCACCAAAGUUGGCAGAUACGAAAAGGAUCCGAAGCUGAUGUUUGAUUUUUCUGCCGAAAAAACAAGGGAAAGUGUCGAAAAGUCAUUGAAAACGUUAAAAGUAGAUUAUGUAGACCUGAUUCAGGUACACGAUAUCGACUUCGCGCCAAGUUUAGACAUAGUUUUGAAGGAAACACUUCCCACGUUGCACGAAUUUGUGAAGAGAGGAAAAGCGAAAUACAUUGGAAUUACUGCAUAUACGUGCUCGACUCUUCUAGAGUGCAUUGAAAAGAGUUCGGUGCCAAUUAGCACAAUUUUAAAUUACUCUAGACUGACAAUGAUCGAUGAUACGCUGAGAGAGUUCAUACCGAAAUUCCAGAUGAAGAAUAUAGGCAUUAUUAAUGCAGCUAUACAUGCUCAAGGUCUGUUAACUAAUAUUGGCCCAUCUGAUUGGCAAGCAGCUGGUAAAGAAAUUAAAGACGCUUGUACCGAAGCCAGACGUCAUUGCAUCGAAAGUGGGGUUGAGCUGGGAAAACUUGCAUUAUAUCACAGUUUGCAGCAAGAAGGCCCUGCCACAGUACUUGUGGGUAUGAAAGACAGAAAUAUUCUAGAGUAUAACCUGAACGUGGUCUUUGGAGGGUUAUCUUCCAAUGAAAAGGCAGCAUAUAACCACGUAUUGAAGAUAUUCGCAAAACUUACUGUGAAGCACUGGGGAACAGUUGAGAUUGAAAACUACUGGAAAGCCGUUUCUGCUUCGGGGCAUUAAAUAUUCGACAUGCAUUUUUAUAAUACAAAUCUUGUAAAUUAUAAUGAUAAAAAAAAUUCUAACAUUCUAUGUUAUAACCAAAUAAAAAGAGGUUUCUGGGUUC